UGGAGAAGAAGGCUAACUUGACAGCAGCGCCUCUUUCUAGCUAGCCACCGGCCCCUGCCCAGGAAUGCCUCUGUGCGCAUAGCCUCCGCAGAGAGGUGCUUCUCCCGAGUCCUGAGGGACCGCCCAGCUUCCGAGAACCGGGGAGGAACCCUCCCCGCCAUGAGACCCUACGGGCGUCUGCCGGGGGGCAAGGGGCCCGGAGUGCUCACGCCUCUCCAGCCGCUCCGGAGGGAGAGGUGAGCGCCGGGCAGCCAGCCCACAGCCAGCGGUGCGGAGCCCUGGGCCUGUCAUGGUGGCCGUCCGCUGCCGGCUGGAGGCUCUCCCAGGCGGGUUUGCAGCUGAGCGUGCUUAUCUGGUGUGGGCAGAAGAUGGGGAGUUACUUGUCCAUCCAGGCUUACUUCACCUCCAGAGACCCCUUUCGGUGUUCAGAAUGCCAGGAUUCCCUCACCAACUGGUACUACGAGAAGGAUGGCAAGCUUUACUGCCACAAGGACUACUGGGGGAAGUUUGGGGAGUUCUGCCACGGGUGCUCUCUGCUGAUGACAGGGCCCGUCAUGGUGGCUGGGGAGUUCAAGUACCACCCAGAGUGCUUCGCUUGUAUGAGCUGCAAGGUGAUCAUUGAAGAUGGGGAUGCGUACGCCCUGGUGCAGCACGCCAGCCUCUAUUGCGGGAAAUGCCACAAUGAGGUGGUGCUGGCCCCCAUGUUUGAGAGGCUAUCCACAGAGUCUGUCCAGGACCAGCUGCCCUACUCCGUCACACACAUCUCCAUGCCGGCCACCACGGAGGGCAGGCGGGGCUUCUCCGUGUCCGUGGAGAGUGCCUGCUCCAACUAUGCCACCACUGUGCAAGUAAAAGAGGUCAACCGGAUGCACAUCAGUCCCAACAACCGCAAUGCCAUUCACCCCGGGGACCGCAUCUUGGAGAUCAACGGGAUCCCCGUCCGCACACUCCGAGUGGAGGAGGUGGAAGAUGCAAUUAACCAGACAAGCCAGACACUUCAGCUCUUGAUUGAACAUGACCCUGUCUCCCAGCGCCUGGACCAGCUGCGGCUGGAUGCACGGCUCUCCCCACACAUGCAGGAUGCUGGGCACUCCCACUCCCUCAGCACCCUGGACACCAAGGAGAAUCUGGAAGGGACGCUGAGGAGACGCUCUCUGAGGCGCAGCAACAGCAUCUCCAAAUCCCCUGGCCCCAGCUCCCCAAAGGAGCCCCUCCUGCUCAGCCGUGACAUCAGCCGCUCGGAGUCUCUCCGCUGCUCCAGCAGCUACUCACAGCAAAUCUUCCGGCCAUGCGACCUGAUCCACGGGGAGGUCCUGGGGAAGGGCUUCUUUGGGCAGGCCAUCAAGGUGACACACAAAGCCACAGGCAAAGUGAUGGUUAUGAAGGAGUUAAUUCGGUGUGAUGAGGAAACACAGAAGACUUUUCUGACUGAGGUGAAGGUGAUGCGCAGCCUGGACCACCCCAACGUACUCAAGUUCAUCGGCGUGCUGUACAAGGACAAGAAGCUGAACCUGCUGACAGAGUACAUCGAGGGGGGCACGCUUAAAGACUUCCUGCGCAGUGUGGAUCCGUUCCCCUGGCAGCAGAAGGUCAGAUUUGCCAAAGGCAUCGCCUCUGGAAUGGCCUAUUUGCAUUCCAUGUGCAUCAUCCACCGGGACCUGAACUCGCACAACUGCCUCAUCAAGCUGGACAAGACGGUGGUGGUGGCAGACUUUGGGCUGUCACGGCUCAUAGUUGAGGAGAGAAAAAAGCCCCCAGUGGAGAAGGCUGCCACCAAGAGACGUACCUUGCGCAAGAGUGACCGCAAGAAGCGCUACACGGUAGUGGGGAACCCCUACUGGAUGGCCCCCGAGAUGCUGAACGGAAAGAGCUACGAUGAGACAGUGGAUGUCUUCUCCUUUGGGAUCGUCCUCUGCGAGAUCAUCGGGCAGGUGUAUGCAGAUCCUGAUUGCCUGCCGCGCACACUGGACUUCGGCCUCAACGUGAAGCUUUUCUGGGAGAAGUUUGUCCCCACAGACUGCCCUCCAGCCUUCUUCCCGCUGGCCGCCAUCUGCUGCAAACUGGAGCCCGAGAGCAGACCGGCAUUCUCAAAACUGGAGGACUCCUUUGAGGCCCUCUCCCUGUACCUGGGGGAGCUGGGCAUCCCGCUGCCUGCAGAGCUGGAGGAGCUGGACCACACUGUGAGCGUGCAAUAUGGCCUGACCCGGGACUCGCCCCCCUAGCCCUGGCCCAGCCCCCUGCGGGGGGGCGUUCCACAGCCAGCACUGCCCCCUCUGUGCCCCACCCCUGCUGUGGGCAGGGCCGUCCGGGCUUCCUGUGGAUUGGCAGCUUGUUUAGAAGCAGAACAAGCCAUCCCUUCUACCUCCCCAGGAGGCGAGCGGGGGCAGCACCAGGGCAGCGCAUCUCCUAGGUUCUGGGACCUGGUUACUGUCUGUAAAUCCAGCACUCGCCUAAAAGCUGUGAAGAAGAAAAAAAAGA